UGUAUUUGGUUGAGAUGGUGAUAUUCGAAGCUUCAAAAUGGUGGACAUAUCACCCUGUUGGCUGAAUGAGCACAAUGCUUUAGUAGAUUUUGGCGCUACUGCUAAUGCACCAAGCAAAGAUUUUUAUCACGUCUUUGUCACACAAAAAGAAAUAGUUUUACGUUUAUGGAAAAUUGUGCCUCCAACCCGUGCUGACUCCCACACACCUCCUGCAGAGUAUAGAAACUCUUAUAAAGAUUUUGAAUUUGAUGACCGUUGUCAUAGUGAAAUUCAGAGAGUUGCUGGUGAGCACACAUUAGACUGGCUCUUAGCCAUCUCCAGAGGACAUAUUGAUUACCUCAGCAGACUUCCUAGAGAUGUCUUGAUAAAGAUCAUCUUAAAUCUGGGAUUAGAAGAUAUUGGCAAACUUGGGAGAACAUCUCAUCAGUUUAAAGAGCUUUGUAAUUCAUGUGAUCUUUGGGAGCAAAUGUACAGAUUACAUACAGAGACUGCAGUUACACCAGAAUUAGAAGACUUGGCUAAAGAAAAGGGAUGGAAAAAGUUAUUUUUCACAAACAAAUUACAGUUACAGCUUCAGCUAAGGCGUUUGAAGAAACAUGAAAUGGACCAUGAGCCCAGCAAAGGCCAUGCUUUUAUCACAGAGUAAAAACUGGUGCAGAUAUCAGAGGUCAGACUUUAGACAGAGUUCAAAACUCUGGUGCUGAUAACCUUGAUAGUAUUAUAUGUUUAGAUUUUUUUUAACUCUACAUUCUGAUUUUAUAUGAGUUAUAAACAUUGAAAUCCGAUACCAUAAUCAGAAUUUAACUGAUGGUGACAUAAAAUGUUUUUACCUCAUUAAGUUUUUAUGACUACUUUCAACUACUAAUAAAGAAAUAUGUUUUGUUGUUUAAAUCUAUUUAUAAAUAAAAUGUUAAUUAUAUAAAAAUUCCUCAAACAAAAUUCAGUAUUUAUUGUAACUAUUUGCAAGAAUCUUUUCUCUCAAAAAUAUGCACUAUGAAAUUAUUUGACUGGAUGUUUUUGAGAUCCACAUGCAGAUUUGACAUUAUUAUUUUAGUAAUAUACGAAUAUAUUUCUAUACAGUGUCCAUUUAAAGUAUAGUAUCUGUGACUUUGUUACUUUGUUCCAGUAUAGUUGGAAUCAAUAUUCUGACCAUACUGACUAAUUCUCAGGGUAUCACACAAGGAAGUGAUUUACUCUUAUGUUGGAACAUACACCCAUCAUUGUUUUAGAUAAGGUUUUUUUUCAUUACCUGAAAUGCAUAAAUGGAUAUCGUUUUAACUUGUGUUUGUAAAAGAUAUUCUGAAUUAGGACUCAGCAUUCUGAAAUCUUAACAUUAACAUUGUUUUGUGCCAUUUAGCAACGUUUAGAUUAACUAUAAAAUCUAGUUAACCAAUGAAAAGAAAUAUCUCCUGGACAAUCUACUUGCACUAAAAAAUUACUAAUAAAAAAAUAAGUUAUGAAAGAAGUUGAUACUUUUAUGUUUAAAACAGGUAAUUAGUUAUACUUAAUUGAUAUUCUUUUUAUUUAUUUAUUUAUUGUAUGUAGAAUAGAUUAUUUACCUAAUAUGGAAACAAGUGCUUGUAGCGUUGGUAUAUAUAAUCUUUACUUAUAGGGAUUAUUUGUAAAACAAAAAGGGAGAGGGAGAACUAACAAAGCAUACUUAAUUGGUAUGAAAACCAAACAUAUAUAUUUAAUAAAAAAAUAAUCAACAAGUUAUAUAUAUUUAGAUUUUAGUUUAGGAUAUUACGUAGCAUUUAUGUAAAAAGAAGUCUAUGCGUUGUAUUUAAAUAUCAUUCAAUGUGCAGUGAAGUGUGUGGAAAUUGUGAUUCAGAUUAUCAUUUCUCAGUUUGAAUAUCAAUAGUUAAAUGAAUCUUAACAGGAUUUUGUGUAAUUAUUUUUGUAUUUGACAGUUUGAAAUAUCCGUCCAUGAAUUGAUACUAAUAUAUUAAGAGUUGCAUGAUAUUUAUAAAUUGAUUUACACAGAGCUUUUAAAGCAGUUAGAUAUUUUUUUCUGAAUUAAUUACUUUUAUUUUUAAAGAACCGUCCAUUCUGAGUGCUUAGUUUUUACAGACAGUGUAUAAACUGUGAUACAAUACAUUCCUUGUGCCUUUAUGGUCUACAUUAUAAGCUUUAUUGUAUGUUUGAUUUGAUUUUAUAAUAAACAAAUAUUUAUUAUUUA